AGCAUGAAGCAGGAGAGUCUAGAUCACAAAGGGUCGAAACCCCUUCUCUUUCUUCCCACCUGAGACGUGAAGCACGUCAACCUCGAAUUGAGAGGAAUCAGAAAUGACGACGUUCCAGAGAAAGGACGUUCGUCUGGUUUUUGCUGGCGUGGCGGCAUCGUCUUUUUGCAACGUGUGUCACAUUAGAACGGAAAAUUUAACAGUGGGUCUUUUUAUUCUGCGAGUAAUAAAGUGAGCCAUUUGAGAAGUGGGGUGAUCUUUUUCACGACGGUGAAAGCUUGUGGAUUUUCUUGUUGGAAUUCGGCCUUGGGUCAUCCGCCCAAGUGAAUGAGUACAGAAUGGGUUUUCAAGUUCAUAAAGUAUGAUCCGGUCUCUGCAACACUUCACGAUAAAACUCAAAAGUCACUCUGAUCUAACAUCGGGGCAACCGGAAUGACAGUCAUGAGAAAACAAAGCUAGCGGAAAUGCCAUGUCGGGUGCACCUAUCAGAGUCGGAGCCAACGAACGCCAGCUUCUCCAUGAUGAAUAUAUUUUAAGAUCGAUGUCUGUUCCGUCCGGCUGGGGGUAUGUCAAGACAUCCAUGUGGUUCCCAUGCAGGCAUUGAGGAAAGAAAGAAUCUUGGCAAGACCAGAGGAGGUGAAGUUGUUCAAGACAUGGUCGAGCCCGUUUCCUUUGAGGGUCGCUUGGGCGCUGCAGCUCAAGGGCAUUCAGUACGAAUCCGUCCUGGAAGAUCUCUCCAACAAAAGCAACCUUCUUCUUCAGUAUAACCCGGUCUAUAAGAAGGUACCGGUGCUCCUCCACAACGGAAGACCCAUCUCAGAGUCCCUCAUAAUUCUUGAGUACGUCGAUGAGACAUGGAAGCAAUACCCGCUUCUCCCACAGGAUCCUUAUGCAAGGGCCAUGGCGCGAUUCUGGGCCAAAUUCGGUGAUGACAAGGUUCUGCCAUCAAUAUAUGCUGCUUUUAAAAGUGAAGGCAAAGAGCAAGAAGCAGCUCUUGCAGAGGCAAGUGAGCACCUGCAGAAGCUGGAAGAAGAGCUUAAAGGGAAGAAAUUCUUCGGCGGAGACAACAUCGGAUAUCUGGACAUCGCACUUGGAUGGUUAGCCAAUCUAGGGGUCUUUGAGGAAGUAUCCAGCCUCAGAGUGCUUGAUGUUGAGAGGUUUCCACUUCUAUGCGCAUGGUUAAAGGAGUUCUCGGAUGCUCCAGUAAUCAAAGAUUGUUGGCCACCCCGUGACAUGCUCAUCGCCAAGUUCAUUGCUCGUCGUCAGGCGCAUGACGCAAAAUCAUCAUCGACUUGACCUAUUUCUUUUUGUGGGAGGGUGUUAACACUUGUCAAUUUUCAUCUUCAUAUUCCAGAAUGAUAUUCUAUGCUUACUUAUUGAUAUUUUUAAUCAAUUUUCCUUUCAACUAUGUAGCAAGAAGAACUACAUUGGUCGUUAUUAAAAGGUUUAUGAUUAAAUUGAUAUAAUUGCUCACAUUAGC